AUGAGCCACAAGUUAGCAUCAAAAUUGAGACAGGAAGGUGGGGGGUCCCAGUCAUCUUCAUCUGCAGUAUCGGACCCAUCUAUAGACAGUGGGCAGCCAUUGGCGAAGCUGAGCAAAACACAGAAGAGGAAAAGUCGAAUUAUAGAAAGCGACGAUGAAGAGGAACCAAUGGACAUGAACGAACGAGGGGACGCCCCGGAUGAUCAAUCUUCAAUUACCCAAAGCAGUUUAAGUGUCACAGAUCUUCAUUACGAAGAACAAAUCAAAAAAGUGUGCAAUUAUUUUCUAAUUUGCGCCAACCAUUUAAAACCCGUUUCUAAAGCGAAUGUGAAAACGCAUAUAAACGUCGACCUGAAUCGGAAACUUAUGAACGAUGUCACGACAAAAAUGCAACAGGAGUUCGACUACACAGUCGUGGAGUUUGCGAAAGAUAAAUUUCUGAUCAGAAAAGAUUACCCAGCAGAAGUUUCGAACAGUGGCGAAAACAUUUUUCAAUUCGACGAAGAAAACUCAAGUGAACUUGGGCUUCUAUGGAUUAUUGUAUGCUGUCUGAUUAUGGACGGGGAAUCGGUUUCUUUAUCCUCGUUACUAACUGGGCUGCAAUUUUUCGGUAUUUAUGAAAACCAGGAACAUGAAAUUUAUGGAAAUAUUAAGAAUCUAAUCACUAAGAAGUUCGUCAAAGAGGCUUAUUUGAGGAUAGAAAAAGAGGACAAUAACAUCACUGCAGACGAAAGGUCAAAUGUAGAUCCAUAUUUAAAUGCCAAAGUUUUUCUUGGCAAUCGAAGUCUAGCAAUGGUUGAUAAAAAGAAAGUACUGGAUUACGUGAGUCAAGUUUAUGGAAACAAACCAGAAGAUUGGAUCGAACAAUUCGACGAGUUUGGGGGAUAAGUGAUUCUAGACUGAACAGAAAAAAAACUGAACUUGUUUAGUGUU